AUGUCUUUGAUUAAAUUCAAUUUUCAAAAAGCUAACUGUGCAACCAAGAAAUACCCAAUUGAUCAUAAAGAACUGCCAUUACCUAUAGGAAUAAAAAAGCAGAAAAGAGCCAGCAUGUCCCUACCUGAGAAAGAGUUUAUCAGCAAGUUUCUUUCAUUGGUUGCACAGCAACCUAUAGUGUUGAAGUCGGACUUUAAAACGCCAAUGGAGAAUAUCACCAACCUUGGCGUUGCGCUCCCACCUUUGAAAUACAAAUACGAUCACAAGAGGUUGAAGCGGAACGGUGGGAACGGUUCUGGAUCUGCUCGGAUCCAGCUGAAUCUCAAAUCCAUAAGGGCGCCAAAAUUCGUGUACUCACAAGAGUUCGACCAAUCCGAGACCAUCUACCAGGUUAAAGAGUUUCUAAUCCAGAAAGAAGACUCUAUUCAUGAGACUUCACAGCUUAAAGUUCUGCUAAAAGGUAAAGUCUUGCAUGACAACAUAUUGCUGUCUGACUUAAAGAGCGACAAGGUCGAUUUGGUGGUGAUGGUCUCCAAGUUAGAAAACGCCGCAUCACAAGGCACAUCAGCAGGUGACUCUGCCAAUGCUUCCAUAGACGCUGAAGAAAUUGCACCAAGAUCUGUUCAAGUUCCCUGGGUCAAAAUCGAACAGCUGUUGAAAAACGAAAUGGCUGAUCCUCAAGAAGCCACGGCUGUGUUGCAGCGCCUCCAACGCGGGUGGGAUUUGGCAGACCUUGAUUAA